CAACAGACGUUGUAUAAAUACCGGCCCCGCCGAGCCGGAGCACUUAGACGCGACGGGCAUUGUUGGGUUCCUGUGUCGUCUUUGAGGUGACUCGGCGUGAUUGAAUUUGCGGCAUCUUCGCAUUCACUCACAGGUCAAAAUGCAAAUCUUCGUGAAGACCCUGACCGGCAAGACCAUCACCCUGGAGGUGGAGCCCAGUGACACCAUCGAGAAUGUGAAGGCCAAGAUCCAGGAUAAGGAAGGCAUUCCCCCUGACCAGCAGAGGCUCAUCUUUGCCGGCAAGCAGCUGGAAGAUGGCCGCACUCUUUCUGAUUACAACAUCCAGAAGGAGUCGACCCUGCACCUGGUUCUCCGUCUGAGGGGUGGUAUGCAGAUCUUCGUGAAGACCCUGACCGGCAAGACCAUCACCCUGGAGGUGGAGCCCAGUGACACCAUCGAGAACGUGAAGGCCAAGAUCCAGGAUAAGGAAGGCAUUCCCCCUGACCAGCAGAGGCUCAUCUUUGCCGGCAAGCAGCUGGAAGAUGGCCGCACUCUUUCUGAUUACAACAUCCAGAAGGAGUCGACCCUGCACCUGGUUCUCCGUCUGAGGGGUGGUAUGCAGAUCUUCGUGAAGACCCUGACCGGCAAGACCAUCACCCUGGAGGUAGAGCCCAGUGACACCAUCGAGAACGUGAAGGCCAAGAUCCAGGAUAAGGAAGGCAUUCCCCCUGACCAGCAGAGGCUCAUCUUUGCCGGCAAGCAGCUGGAAGAUGGUCGCACUCUUUCUGAUUACAAUAUCCAGAAGGAGUCGACCCUGCACCUGGUUCUCCGUCUGAGGGGUGGUAUGCAGAUCUUCGUGAAGACCCUGACCGGCAAGACCAUCACCCUGGAGGUGGAGCCCAGUGACACCAUCGAGAACGUGAAGGCCAAGAUCCAGGAUAAGGAAGGCAUUCCCCCUGACCAGCAGAGGCUCAUCUUUGCUGGCAAGCAGCUGGAAGAUGGCCGCACUCUUUCUGAUUACAACAUCCAGAAGGAGUCGACCCUGCACCUGGUCCUUCGUCUUAGGGGUGGCUGUUAAUUCUUUAGUCUUCUGUUCAUAAUGCUCAGUGAUGGCAUCGUUCUGCACUCUAGCCAUUUACCCCAAUUUAAGUUUAGAAAUUACCAGUUUCAGUAAUAGCUGAACCUGUUCAAAAUGUUAAUAAAAGUUUUGUUGCAUGCA